AUGGCGGGGAACAGGUCACUCACACUGAAAGAUGUACAGAACAGGAUGGAGGGGAACAGGUCACUCACACUGAAAGAUGUGCAGAACAGGAUGAAGAGGAACAGGUCACUCACACUGAAAGAUGUGCAGAACAGGAUGGAGGGGAACAGGUCACUCACACUGAAAGAUGUGCAGAACAGGAUGGAGGGGAACAGGUCACUCACACUGAAAGAUGUGCAGAACAGGAUGGAGAGGAACAGGUCACUCACACUGAAAGAUGUGCAGAACAGGAUGGAGAGGAACAGGUCACUCACACUGAGAGAUGUGCAGAACAAGAUGGAGGGGAACAGGUCACUCACACUAAAAGAUGUGCAGAACAGGAUGGAGAGGAACAGGUCACCCACACUGAAAGAUGUGCAGAACAGGAUGGAGAGGAACAGGUCACUCACACUGAAAGAUGUGCAGAACAGGAUGGAGGGGAACAGGUCACUCACACUGAAAGAUGUGCAGAACAGGAUGGAGAGGAACAGGUCACUCACACUGAAAGAUGUGCAGAACAGGAUGGAGAGGAACAGGUCACUCACACUAAAAGAUGUGCAGAACAGGAUGGAGAGGAACAGGUCACUCACACUAAAAGAUGUGCAGAACAGGAUGGAGAGGAACAGGUCACCCACACUGAAAGAUGUGCAGAACAGGAUGGAGAGGAACAGGUCACUCACACUGAAAGAUGUGCAGAACAAGAUGGUGGGGAACGAGUCACUCACACUAAAAGAUGUGCAGAACAGGGUGGAGAGGAACAGGUCACCCACACUGAAAGAUGUGCAGAACAGGAUGGAGAGGAACAGGUCACUCACACUGAAAGGUGUGGAGAACAGGAUGGAGAGGAACAGGUCCUUCAUACUCAAAAGUGUGCAUAACAGGAUGGUGGGGGACACGUCACGCACUGAAAGGAUGGAGAGGAACAGGUCACUCACACUAAAAGAUGUGCAGAGCAGGAUGGAGAGGAACAGGUCACCCACACUGAAAGAUGUGCAGAACAGGAUGGAGAGGAACAGGUCACUCACACUGAAAGGUGUGGAGAACAGGAUGGAGAGGAACAGGUCCUUCAUACUCAAAAGUGUGCAUAACAGGAUGGUGGGGGACACGUCACGCACUGAAAGGUGGGCAGAACAGGAUGGCGGGGAGCAGGUUACUCAUACUAAAAGAUGGGGAGGACAGUACAUCCCUUUUUCAAAGCAGGGACCUCCUUGGCUGAGGUUUUUAGCACGCCAGCGUGGGGCAAUGACCCAAGGGCCUCUCACCAAUGCAGUCGCUGUGAGGUCAAGUCCAACUCAUGCUGGCUUCCUCCUCAGCCGCACUUGA